UGCUACUCUGCUGGAUCAGACUUGCCCAAGUGCCAGCCUCUCCAGGGUCCCGGCCCCUCCAUGGUCCCAGCCCUGCCAUCUUCUCACCAUCCCACAGGCAUGCAGAGAGUCUGGCUGCUGCUGCUGCUGGGCCUGAGGCUACGGCUCUCCCUCAGCAUCAUCCCAGUUGAGGAAAAGGACCCAGCCUUCUGGAACCGCCAGGCAGCCCAGACCCUGGACACCGCCAAGAAGCUGCAGCCCACCCAGACAGCCGCCAAAAACCUCAUUCUCUUCUUGGGGGACGGUAUGGGGGUGUCCACAGUGACAGCCGCUCGGAUCCUAAAGGGGCAGAAGAAUGGCAAGCUGGGACCAGAGACCCCCCUGGCCAUGGACCAAUUCCCAUACUUGGCUCUGUCCAAAACGUACAACGUGGACAGAAACGUGCCAGACAGUGCAGGCACGGCCACGGCCUACCUGUGCGGGGUCAAGGCCAACUACCAGACAAUUGGUGUGAGUGCGGCAGCCCGCCUUAACCAGUGCAACACAACUCGUCGCAAUAAGGUCACCUCCGUGAUGAACCGGGCGAAGAAAGCAGGGAUGUCAGUGGGGGUGGUGACGACAACGAGGGUGCAGCAUGCCUCGCCAGCCGGCACCUACGCACACACGGUGAACCGCCACUGGUACUCCGACGCCGACAUGCCUGCCCAGGCUCUGAAGGAGGGCUGCCAGGACAUCGCCGCACAGCUCGUCUCCAACAUGGACAUUGACGUGAUCCUUGGUGGAGGCCGCAAGUACAUGUUUCCCAAAGGAACCCCAGACCCUGAGUACCCAGCUGAUGCCGCACAGAAUGGAAUCAGGAUUGACAAUCGGAACCUGGUGCAAGAGUGGCAAGCCAAGCACCAGAGUGGCCGGUAUGUGUGGAACCGAACGCAGCUCAUUCAGGCGUCAGAGGACCCCUCUGUAACACACCUCAUGGGCCUCUUUGAGCCAAAAGACAUGAAGUUUGAGGCAUACCGAGACCCCACGCAGGACCCAUCCCUGACGGAGAUGACAGAGGCGGCCUUGCGCCUGCUGAGCAGGAACCCCCGUGGCUUCUACCUCUUCGUGGAGGGCGGCCUCAUCGAUCACGGUCAUCAUAGAAACAGAGCUUACCUGGCUCUGACCGAGACUAUCAGUUUCGACGAUGCCAUUGACAGGGCCAGCCAGCUCACAAACGAGAAGGACACGCUGACCCUUGUCACCGCUGACCACUCUCACGUCUUCACUUUCGGUGGCUACACACUGCGUGGGAGCUCCAUUUUCGGCCUGGCUCCAGAGGUGGCCGGAGAUGGCAAGGCCUACACCUCCCUCCUUUAUGGCAACGGCCCAGGCUUCGCGAUCAGCAAUGGCUCGCGGCCCAAUGUCAAUGACAGUCAGAGCAUUGACCCCGAGUACAGGCAGCAGUCGGCCGUGCCCCUGUCGUCGGAGACCCACGGCGGAGAGGAUGUGGCGGUGUUCGCGCGUGGCCCGCAGGCGCACCUGGUGCACGGCGUGCAGGAGCAGAACUUCGUGGCGCAUGUCAUGGCCUUCGCCGCCUGCCUGGAGCCCUACACUUCUUGUGGCCUGGCGCCCCCCGGCGCCACCCCCGCGUCCCCCACUGCUGGCCCCACUACCCGCCCCACCGACGCCGCGCACCCCGGGCCGGCCGCAGGCGCGUCCCUGACUCUGCUGGCCGGAGCCCUGCUGCUGCUGCUUGGGGCUAACGUGCCCUGAGGGCCCCCAGCCCCCGCCUCCACAGGGUCCCCACCCCUACUGAGCCCCCACACCAUAGCUGGGUCGCCUCUCCCUGUUGUUCAACCACAAGGCCGCCCAAAGCCUCCAGCCCCAGGGCCCACCAGGGGCCCCUACGUCCUGACUUUUAACUGUUGGCCAUAAAAGACAAGUCUCAGCCCACUCAGCGCUGCCCCCAGCCCUCCCCGCGGGCCGGACCGCGGGGCACCGUGCAGGCUGAGGCAGUGGCUUUCCUGGGACACCUACUGUCCUGCCCAAGCUCUGGACUCCGCCCCCAAUCUCUGAGGCUAGAGAAUUGGACAGUUGGGCACCAGGGAAGGGCCGGCUUCCAUCCCUGGAGCAACCAUCCCUGCAAUCAUCCCUGGAGCACCUUCCUGGCCGAGGAGGCUGCUGAGGUCGGAUGCCCAAUGAGGCUUUAACACAAAGUGACCCCAGCCCCGGACCCUCUACCCUUACACAGAAGAAUAGAUGGCAACACAGAAAGCAGAGACCUGUAGCAAGUCAGUCGGCUACUGAGAUGGUCACUCCCCAAUGCGCAUCCAGGUUGGGAGAGCCAAGGAGCUUUGGGAAACUGGGUGCAGGGCAGAUAGUCCCAAAGCAGCCCUUGC